AUGAUGACACUUGUACUUGAUGGAAUAGCACCUGAACAGACGCUGGUCCUGUUGAAAUUAGAAGAUGGACGUGAUCUUCAUCAGGCACUGAGGGCACUCGAUUUUCGAGAGAACUGUGUUAUCGAUAUUAGCAAAAAUGGUUUACGAAUUGUCGUGGAUGACCAGAAUUGUGUUCAAGGAAUCGCUUACUUUAAAAGCGAUUUAUUUGCAGAGUUUAUUCUAAAUGAAGAUGUUGUAACGUUUCGCAUUCCUCUCUGUAUUUUUAUGGAAUGCUUAAGCGCCUUCGGUGCUGGAGUCAGUACAGUUCUGAAAAUGACUUACGAUGGUUACGGUGAACCUCUCAAAGUCAUGCUCGAAAAGGAUGAAAUUGUUGCAAGAUGCUUGAUCAAAACACAGAACCCAGACGUAGUACUUGAUUUUGAUUUCAAUCCUGCCAGAGUUGCUGCAAAAGUUAUAAUGAAGCCAUGGAUGCUGAAAGAAACAUUUCAUGAGCUUGAUCAGAGCAGCCCAUGUGUUGGUUUCAGAGUUGACCAGUUUUCGUUGAGUGUAAUCACGAAAGGAGAUUUGGGUAGAAUCAAGACGAUGUUUCCACAUUAUUCUGAGCAAAUCGAACUGUUGGAAUGUAAUCAAAAUGUCGAGUUUAUCUAUAGACUGAGUCUGGUAAAGCGAAUGACUCCUUCGUUAGACAUCUGCAGUAAGUUGUCUCUUCGUAUUGAUCAUCAAGGGAUACUGUCUAUACAAUUCGUGGUGGAGCAUAAUGGAAACAGCCAUAUCUUUCUUGAAUUCUUUUGUAUACCUGAUAUCCCUACAUCGGAAGAAAAUAUGUCCAUGGAUUAA